AUGAACGUGGAUGCGGAGUUCCGUGCGGUGGCCGUGGUCGGCGUGGGACAGGAGGGGGCCGGCUUCAACGACCUGGAGAUGAUCGACGAGGGAAUGGAGAACGCUCGCGUCGCUGCCGGCGUGGGGGCUCGUGCCCUUCAACUGCAGGGCUGCACAGAUGUAUUCGUGGAGUCGAUGGAGUAUGCGGAGCAGGCGGCCGAGGAGAGCGCCUUGGCCGUCUGGCGCUACAACACCAACAAGCGCCGUCGGGACCGCACACUCAUUCCCAAACUGGAGCUGUACGACUCUCCCUACUCGGAUGCCUGGAUGCAAGGCCGAAUCGCAGAACCUGGCCCGUCGCCUGGCCGAUACGCCGGCCAAUCAGAUGACGCCCACAAUCUUCGCCCAGUCAACGGUGGAUGCCCUGUGCCCCUGCUGGGUAUCCGUGGAGGUACGCAGCAUGGACUGGAUCGAGACAAGCCCAUCCUCCUGCUGGGCAAAGGCAUCACAUUCAACAGCGGGGGCCUCUGCCUCCGUCCCAAGGACUGCUUGUCCAUGUACCGCGGCUGCAUGUCCGGUGCAGCCGCCUGCGUGGGCGUCAUCCGAGCCGCUGCCGCCCUAUCGCUGCCCCUAAACAUAACGGCACUGCUGCCGCUGGGCGAGAACAUGCCCUCCGGAAUGGCGGCCAAGCCUGGCGACGUGGUGUCCCUCCUCAAUGGCAAAACUCUCGGCUUCGUGGACGUCAGCAAGGCUGGUGUGAUGGCCAUGGCCGAUCCCUUGCUCUACGCCCAGACGAUCUACAAGCCGCGCAUGGUCGUGGACAUUGCUACAGUGGGCUACGCCGUCUGCCCAGCGCUGGGCGGAGCAGCAGCCGGGAUUUUCAGCAAUUCGAACUUCGUCUACAAGCAGUUCGAGAAGGCCGGUGCCCUUACGGGGGAUCGCGUUUGGCGUCUGCCCCUGUGGCGCUACUUCAAGGAGCUGAUCAUGCCGAACGAGACCCUUGACAUCAGCAACCGCGGACGUGGCCCCGCCUCCAGCUGCAUCGCUGCCGCCGUUCUGCACGAGCUGGUGCCGUGCGUCGACUGGGCCCACCUGGACAUCCGCAACGUGGGCAUGCUGACGAGCUACAAUCCGCUCCCAUAUUUGCUGAAGGACCGCAUGACUGGCCGUCCCACUCGCACCAUCGUUCAGGCUGGCCCCGACGGCAAUCUUUUGGCCUUUGUUGGGGCAGCAGAGCCCUUUUGCGAGGCCAGCUUUGCGCAGUUCGAGGAGCUGUCGUUGAACAAGCGCAUGGAGGUGGUGGACAAGAACGAGGAGGCCACCGAGGAGGACGACAUCGACGUGGAGCUGCGCAUUCUCUGGGGUUCAUGGACUCAUUGA